AUGGCUCAGUCUCAGCUCCGCCUGCACAGCACUGCUUGGGCCACGUCUCGGAGAGCUGCCCGGCAGCUCUUCCUCUCCCUGUCCUCCCGGGGAUGGGUCAACCCGUGCUGUGUGGCAGGGGAAAAGGGGGCUUUGGGGGCUCGAUAUUGUAGCGGCAGCCUGGCUGCGAACCAGUUUGGAGAUCCCCAGCGGGAGCACAGACACCCCCUGGGCUCGUCCCGAGGGCUUCCAGUUCCCCGGGAAGACGUGGUCUUGUACUUUGAGCAAAAGGAGGUCGCGUGGAUGCCGGAGGAGAAAGGCCUGAGGAGGUCCUUCUGCCCAGCCUCUUUUAUGAUCCUUACCUUAAGGCUAACGUUGGGCUCUGCGUCUGGGGCGGAGGAGGCGCUGCCCCAGCUUCUUGUGCUACGCCUGCUCUGGUGUGCAGUCGUGACCCUGACUGGCUUUGAGGUCUGCACAGGGCAUCAGAGAACCCACACUGGGGAGAAGCCUUACCAAUGUAAGCAGUGUGGGAAAGCCUACACUCAGAAGGCCAGUCUGAUUCUCCAUCAGAAGAUGCACAACGGGAAGAAGCCUUAUGAAUGUGGCCAAUGUGGAAAGACGUUCUCAAAGGGCUCUAGUCUUGCUUUCCAUGCGAAAACGCACAAGGGAGAGAAACCCUACGAGUGCAGCCAAUGUGGGAAGAUUCUGAAAUGCAGCUUCAGUCUCGUUGUUCAUCAGAGAAUCCACACUGGAGAGAAACCCUAUAAGUGUGACGAGUGUGGGAAGAGCUUUCGACAGUUCUACAAAUUUGCUGAACAUCAGGGAAUCCACACGGGAGAGAAACCUUACGAAUGUACCCAAUGUGGAAAGACUUUCCGAAGGAGCAACAAUCUUAUUAAACAUCAGAGGAUCCACACUGGUGAGAAACCCUAUAAGUGCAGCCACUGCGGCAAGUCCUUUUCCCAAGGCUCCCAGCUUGUCUUCCACGAGAGAACUCAUACUGGAGAGAAGCGUUACGAAUGUGAUCAGUGUGGGAAGGCUUUCACGUGGAACUCCAGUCUUGCGCUACAUCAGAAGAUCCACAGAGGAGAGAGACCUUAUGAGUGCAAAGACUGUGGCAAGACGUUCCGAGUCAGGGCCAUUCUUAACCUCCAUCAGAGAAUCCACACUGGAGAGAAUCUUUAUGAAUGUAGCCAGUGUGGAAAAGCUUUUACCCAAAAGUCCAACCUCACCCAGCAUCUGAGGACCCACAGUGGAGAGAAGCCUUUCAAAUGUUGCCAGUGUGGAAAGGCUUUCAAGUAUAAGAAGAGUCUCGACGUACAUAAGUGUGUCAAAACGGCAGAGAAGCAUUUUGAGUGUCUUCAGUGUGGAAAGAUUUUGAAGAGCAGGAAGAGUUUCGUCUUCCACGAGAGGCUUCACACUGAAGAGAAUAUCUAUAAGUGUGACCAAUGUGAAAAGAUUUUCCAAGGCAAAAAGGCCCUCGCUCUGCACAAGAAAGUCCACACUGGAGAGACACGGUACGAAUGUAAGGACUGCGGGAAGGUUUUCAGCCAGAGUUGUCGCUUUGUCGUCCAUCAAAGAAUCCACACCGGAGAGAGGCCUUACGAGUGCGAUCAGUGUGGGAAGACGUACACCCAGCGGGGCCAUCUUACUGUGCAUCAGAGGAUCCACACUGGAGAAAAGCGUUAUGAGUGCACUCAGUGUGGAAAGGCUUACACCCAGGGCAGCCAUCUCACUGUGCAUCUCAGAGUCCACACCGGAGAGAAACCUUACGAGUGCAGUCAGUGUGGCAAAACCUUCAGAAGAAAGCAAGAGCUUCAUUCCCACCAGAGAGUUCACACCAGAGCCCAGAAAUUCCGGGCCUCCUCCCCAGCUUGGAUUCCCGCCCUGAAGGCCAGGGUGCUGCUGCUGCCCCAGCUGUCUACUGUGCCCCCACCCCUCACGCUGACCAUGGCCGGGAUGGGGACGCAGGAGCCACGAGCUCCCUUCCAGCUCUCGGUGGUGGAGGCGGCAGUGGUGGUGGGGAGCACCGAGGUUCUGGGAAUGGCAGGCUGCUAA